ACUUGCAGAAACAGAUACAUUUCUCAAACAGAGAAAUUAAUCUGGCUUUUACAGCAAACAGAUCCAAAUGUAGUAAACCGUCUCACAAUUUUCGCUUACAAGGAUGAGGCGAUUAUAACAAAAAGACCUGCAAAACUGAGGAGCUUGGUUAUGAUACAGAUUCCAGGGGCCACAGCUUCCAGGAGAGAGAUGAAAAUGCCCAUAGUUCUGUCUGGUCAGCAGAAGGACUAGUGUGAAGAGAUACCUGCCAUCAGGCCCUUUGAACUGUCAUAGACAUAAAAAUGCUUUAGCAGUAAUGUUCAGUUGGCAUUUAUGAGGUGGUGACUUGGGAGUGUCUUGUGGUGAUACAAACCAAAAACCUAGGACUUACUGGAUCAGCUAAAUCUGACUCAGGGAGGAGGGAUAUACUCAGGUUCUUGGAAAAUUUAAUUUGACCCUGAAGAAUGAAGCUUCUUAUCAGCCCAUUUCGGAGGAUGAUCAUGGGCCUCCUGCCUCACUGGGGACCAGUGAGAGUGAAUCCUAUCAAAAGCGCUGCAUUGAACUCCCAUCAGUUUCUUCUGAGACAGAAUUUCAGUGGUAAACCUGGACCAGUGACAGCCACAGAUCUGGUCAACUACUGGCAAGAAGUGUUUGAAGCUAACAGGAUCCCUGAAGCACAAGAAUCCAGCGAGUAUAUUGUUUCCUAUGUCCUGGGAGCAAAAACAUUCCACAGCUUGAGUGCCAGCAGCAUGUCUACCCCCCUCACAGCAGAGCAGCAGGAGCAGGUCCAGCAGCUGAGUGCAAAGCGGUUGCAAAGGAUGCCUGUGCAGUAUGUCCUUGGUGAGUGGGAUUUCCAGGACCUGACCCUCAAGAUGAGACCCCCAGUCUUCAUUCCUCGGCCUGAAACAGAGGAUCUCAUCUCUUUGGUUCUGGAAGAGGCAUCUCAGAAGAAUAAGAGCUGUGUGGAUAAUGCAGUUCACCAGUGUCCUCCUACUACUCCUCUCCUUGUCAUCCUGGAGAUUGGCUGUGGCUCAGGGGCCAUUGCCCUGAGUCUCCUCAGCAAGCUGCCCCAGAGUCAGGUGAUAGCCGUGGAUAAAGAGGUAGCUGCUGUGAACCUCACAAGAGAGAAUGCCCAAAGGUUUCAACUCGAGCACAGGCUAAGACUUUUCCACCAUGAUGUCUUAUCCAGUUCCUGGGAGCAGCUGCUCCCCUGGGGCCCUGUGGACAUCAUCAUCAGUAACCCACCAUAUGUCUUCCAUGAAGACAUGGCUCACCUGGCUGCAGAGAUCCUCAGGUAUGAACACCUUGAUGCCCUGGAUGGGGGAAAUGAUGGGAUGAGAGUGAUAAAAAGGAUUCUGGAGCUGGCUCCUUAUAUUCUAAAAAAUUAUGGGAGUGUGUUUCUAGAAGUUGAUCCGAGGCACCCAGAGAUGGUGGAGAACUGGCUGCAAAGUCGUCCUGACCUGUUCCUUUCUCUUUGUGCUACCCACAAGGACUUCUGUGGAAAGCCAAGGUUUCUGCACAUUCAAAAAACAUAUAGCAGGUGACUGGAACCCAAGGAAUGUCUCCGUCCAUCCCAACAUGCAUAUCUUGGGAGUUCCUUGCUGACAGAUCCACUGGAACUCAACACAGUAACAUGAAUCUGGACUACCAUUCCAUUUUCCAGUGUUUUGACCUCCCCAUGUAUUGACCAUCCAUAGCUGGUAAUGGAUUUCACUUGAUGGAUCAAUAGCGAGGGCCUAGGAUCUGCACAGGUGUUUCAUUUUCCCCAGAUGGUCAGACAAAGCUUUCUUGCUCACUUAGGUAGAUCAAUUAAUAGCUAUGAGAUCCCAGCCCAGAGGGAAUUGCAUCUCAUUUCUGUUAUGAAAAGCUGCAGAUAAGUGUGGCAAAAAUACAACUUCGUACAUCAAAUGACAUACUUAUAUGACUCUUGUCCUGAGUGAAGAGCUGAGGGCUUUACCAACAUAAGAAUUGGUCUUAGUGUUUUUCAUUUCUUUUUAAGCAUCUAUUUUCAGUAUUUCAAGUGGGUCUAAUGCGAGAUUACCAAACUGCCUCUUUGGAUUCGGUUCUAUUCUGGAAGCCUAGUGUUGCUGACUGAUCCAACAAUAGUAAAGCAGCAUGUGCUGCCCAGCCUUCCUGAAUGACCUUCAGCACAUGUGUAGUUCUUAUUCUAAAUGUGAGAUCUUUCUGCAGAUAAUUGGACCCAGACUGAAGGUUUUGCAAGGUAGAUUUGGGAUGGGCCUAAACCAAAAUUUACUGGGAAAUCUUCACUUUUCUUUGGAAAAUCUUGUUUUAGACUGGCAAGGCAAAGCCUUGCAUCUGAAGAUUUGCAAGAUAUAUUUAGAAAAGUUCUUUUUGGCACGAAGGUUUUAUUUUCAAAGUCCUUUUUCUGAAGGGGCCCCAGCAAAACAGGACUUGGAAGAAGACUUCUGGUGUUCAGUUGGCAUGUGUGUCAAUUUAUCACUUAGCACAUCAUGGAUGCUAACAGUAAGAAAUAAAAAGUCACAAUAAAACUAGCACGGUAUGUUCUGUGGGUAGAUUGAGCCUUAAUUGAAAAUGUGACUCAAAAGAACAGCUGUCAAGAGGGAAAUAUUUUUAAAGAUGAUGUGGGGCCUGGAUCCACACAUUCCACCGCAUAAUAAAUCCACCUGCAUUGUGUAUUUUCCCAUAGAUUUCAAAACACAUUACACAGAAGGUCAGUGUAUUAAUUUCCCAUUUCACAGAUAGGGAAACUGAGGCACAUAGAGGGAUGGUUACUCAGCAGGUUGAUGGCUUUGUCUGAUGUAGAACCCACACCUCCUGACUCUUUCCCCAAUCCACCUUGAAUAGGUAAAGUCUGUUUCUUCAACAAGAAGUGAUCCAUGCAGUGGUUCUGCCUGAAAGUACUUAGAAAGAAGACUGCCUGCAGCAGACUGACAAAACGUGCUAUUGUAAAUAAUGGAAGGACUUAAAUGCAAGUAGAUUUAUUUUUCCUAGUGGCCAAUUCAUCUGCUGCCUAAUGUUAGCCCUGAAGAAGAGUCUGAGGAGUUGAUUCAAAUAGAAGCCUGUACUGGGUCACUGCUGGGGAGCAGACCCAUAUGGAAUGUAUUCAUUUGUGGUCUCAGAAUGUGCCAGGUGUUUAAGAGAGAUCCUCCCAGGCUGGAGUGGCUGCAGACAAACUUAACUAGAGCCUGGUGCCACCCACCACAAAUUUCAGCACGCCUUGGGGCUGUUAGAAAGCUCCAGAUUUCUGAGGCUUAUUGAAACAAGAGUGUAGUUUAGGUCCGUCAUCCUCACCCUUCUUUUCACUCCAUCACUUUCCACUUGGCGUCUCUCACUCUUACCUACUCUGUUUUUCACUCUUGAGUCUUGUACAGGGCUUUGCAAAUGCACCUCAACUUUUGACUGAUAUACCAGUACCUAGCUUCCAGUCUGGGCCUCAGCCCAACUCCAGGGGCUUAGCCAAAGCCUCUGUCAUUACCGCCAUCAUUCACAACCUAGCUCCAUGUCACCAUUGCCCAUAGUGCAUGCAGCUUGGGCCCUGUGAUCCUGCUACAUGAGUUGUGCGCGCUGUGGCCCUUCUAAUAUUCAGUAGCUAUCACACAAAAAAGGAAAAAAACCUCCCUCCUCUUCCUCCAGGAAAACAUGGUAAGAAUAAUCUAAUGAGCGCUACAGCAAAGCUAGAAAUAGGGACCCUCCUGAAGUGCAUCUCACUCCAUGUUUGAGAGUUUAGGAACUAGGUGUAAUCCUGAUUUAUCCAGUUCCAUCUGAGAUGAUUUUUUUAGCACUUUUGUAGCUCAGUGCAGGGAAGAUCCAAAAUGUGUUUAUGUAGGUUAAGAAAAAGAACUUGUAGUUCUCAGCUGAAGUGGAACAGUUGUUUUUAAGUUGAAUUUAAGCAAAGUUCCCACACUCAGUAAUGGAUGCAGGCACUAAACAUGAAAUGCAGUCAACAAGUGUAACUUGCUAUUGUAGGAUAUUUAAAGAGGUUGCAUAAUUUAUUGAUUUUUAAGAGUGUUCAUUGCUGCCACAGUGCAUUCUUCAGAGGGUGAGCUUGUCACUUGUAGGAAUCCAGGAUGAACCCUCCUGUGCAAGUCAAGUCUGCUGGCAGGGAGCAUUAUCAUUUCACUUGAAAGCAUCAGUUGCCCUGAGCAGGGUAUGUUUUAUGAGAUGGACUUAUGUCUAAUCCAGUAGGGCAAGUGCUACAUUCCUAUAAUUAUCAUGUUUAUAAAAAAUGCUUACAGUACAAUCUUUGUUGUGAAUUGAUUACAUAGUACAGAAGAUAAUGUGACAUUUCUGACCUUUUUCUGAGGACAAGUGGAGAGAGAUCUCAUUCUGUCUCCAGAGAAGCCAUUCACUUGCCAAAGUCUCUUUUCUAAGGGGACAAGAUUGCACAGUACAGUAUGUACUGCAACACCUGACACACAUUUGCCCAGACUCUUCAGCACAGCGACUUUUAAUCACAUUUUGGAUGGGACAGCUUUCAAAGAUCCACUGUGACACCCCCAGACUUCUUGCUCUCCAAAGAGCUGAGCAGAGAGAUUCUAAAAUCUAAAUGAUUUAAUUUGUUUUAGUUCUCUGGACAGUGUGUAGUUGCUCAGUGAAGUUAUAGAAGGCUAAUACUACUGUUUGCAUGUUUAUAUAAUCAGUGUCUUGGGCUGAAUUUUCAGGCACUUGACCCACAUUUACAUCUUUUGAAAACUUGCCAAAGAAGUGGCUUGAUUUUUUCUGAACUAAUAUUUGCAUUUAUUUUUCCUGGGAGGUCUGGAAGAGGACUGACUUUCUUGGGGGGCAUAGGAAUGCAAGAAAGGGGAAAGGGGAAACAGGAGAGGGGCUGAACUAUCUACUGGGACCGGUCUCUUUCCUAGAAACAGAGUUGGAAACAGGGAAUUGAACCAGUAUUUAAUUGGGUUUGGUUAAGGUUCUGGUUCAAGCCACCCAAAACAAUAAAUAAAUAGUGAUUUGGUUAUUGGUUCCAAUUGGUUCAAAUAAAAUUUCUUUUACACACAGCACAGAAGGAAUUUACCAGUUUCAGGGUAAGAAAUAGACUUUUAAAACAGACACGUUUUAAAAUGUAUACUGCUUAUUUAAAGUUUAUACGAGUAAUGUUCUUUUUUUACUGAACUGCGCUUGACUUCAACUUUACAUGAUUUUGGCAGGGUUUUUGUGUUGUCAAAACAAUUAUAAUUUCAUGAACAAUUUGUGUGAACUAAAAUACUGUCUUCUAUUAUCUGCUUUGUCACAUUGCAUCUGUGUGCUGACUGAAUAAAUUUGAAGCCUGAAAAUGCUAUUACAAAUUUUGCCAGUUGA